GCCUCUGAAGACCUUCUCAAACAACAUUACAUUGACCUCAAAGACCGGCCGUUCUACCCUGGUUUGGUUAAAUACAUGAACUCUGGACCUGUUGUGGCCAUGGUAUGGGAAGGGCUGAAUGUGGUUAAAACUGGGAGAGUGAUGCUGGGGGAAACCAACCCUGCCGACUCCAAGCCUGGUACCAUCCGUGGUGACUUCUGCAUUCAAGUUGGAAGGAACAUCAUCCACGGCAGCGACUCGGUCGAGAGCGCGCAGAAGGAGAUCAGCCUGUGGUUCAAACCCGCGGAGCUCGUCGACUUCAAAUCUUGCGCGCACGACUGGAUCUACGAGUGAAACGAGCUUCCGCCGUGCCUCCAGUGCAGCAUCUCGUUCCAGCUGCUGGCCGGGGAGCAAUUCCCACCGCAGGUGUCUUAGUGCUGAAAGUGACUGUCAAAUAAAGGGGUG